CUUGCUGUGAAAAAUAUUGAAACGUGCUCCAAGGCAAGUGAUUGUCGCAGGAUUCUCAUACACUGAUUCAAUGAACCUUUGGUUUGCGUAGAGAAAGUAAAAUGGAUGAGGCAGCUCAUAGUCACACCUUUGUUUCCUUCAAUGUCAUGUUUUUCUCUUUCCUAGUGUCUCCAUUUAACCCCAUGUAGUCCAAUUGCAUCAGCUGUUGGCUGGACAUAACACAUGCCUGCCACGAAUGUCUUAAGAAGGUCAGAUGAUGGUCCACAGUCCAACUCUCUUACUCCCAGCUCCCACACUAAGGCUACACAUCCUAGCAGGACUGCAGGAGUGCAAAGCAACCCAACAGAUUCACACUCCUGCUGAUUGUGGGAUACUCACAAACUACUGUGGCUAUGAAUGUAAUGACUAUCAACAAAGAAAGGAGCAGUUAGUUGUUGAAUGUAUACUUUGGGGCGCAGAAAAGUUCUGGAAGGAUUAUUGAACUGCCAAAGGGCAUAUAUGCUUCAUCGCCAAGUUCAUUUGCUGGCAUAAAAACCUCAAGACACCUUCUGAUCCUAGUUAGACAGUGGCUCCUCCAUUUGAGACUCAGCAACAGCCGACAGAAAAAGACUCCAGUGUCUCUGAUUACAUCAUGGUGGUGCAGAAUAAUCUGGAUAUUGGGGAAACCAGGAAAGGAAUCCUGCUGGAACCAUUCAUCCACCAGGUUGGAGGACAUAUGAGCAUGAUGAAGUAUGAUGACUGCACUGUCUGUAAGCCGCUUGUCUCUCAAGAGCAAUGGUUCUAUGAAGCUCUUCCAACAGCAAUGAAACAGUUCACUCCUUGUUACAAAGGUAUAAUAUCUGUGUACCUCAAGAAGGAUAGCAUGGGAAAUCUGAAUCUUGUAGCCUGCCCACACACAGAUAAUCACACUUCCUUGGAUAACACCUCAAAGGAGUGUUCAAUGACAAUAUGGCAGAAACUCAACCAAGCAAAAACCAGCAAGAAUGAUCACACAUUUGUCAAAUGGAAUCAUAGCUCAUUCACAAAUGUCAUUGAAAGCAGCUGCCAUGGGAACACACGACUGCAGACAGAUCUUCAGUACCACCAAGAUGUAUCAUCACUUAUGGAGGAUGCCAAUGGGAACCAAGAGGCAAAUAACAGCUUUAAUCCUUGGGGAUUGCACUGUCACAAGCAGCAUCUAAAUCGCAUGUCUUCCAAGUAUAAGGAAAAUAAACCUCACCAAUUUCUUUUACUAGAAAAUGUUGUAUCCAAAUAUAAAUACCCAUGCGUUUUGGACUUAAAAAUGGGAACCAGGCAGCAUGGUGAUGAUGCAUCAGAGGAGAAGAAAGCACGCCAAAUAAAGAAAUGUGAACAGAGUACAUCAGCCUCCCUUGGAGUCCGUAUUUGUGGCAUGCAGGUUUACCAGGCAGAUACCAUCCAAUAUAUUUGUAAGGAUAAGUACUAUGGACGAAAACUUUCACCAGAUGGCUUCAAGCAAGCCCUUUGCCAGUUCCUUCACAAUGGGAAUCAUUUUAGAACAGACCUUGUGGAACCAAUUUUGUUUCAGCUGAAUACUCUGCUAUCUGUCAUCAAAAAUCAAAAUUCUUACCGGUUCUUCUCUAGCUCACUUCUCAUAAACUAUGAGGGACUGGAGAAAACAGUGUCUUCAGAAAAUGACCCUCAGGGACACUAUCAAAACAUAGUCUGCUCUGCUUCACAUGGAAAUAGCCAUCCUAAAGUUGAUGUUCGCAUGAUAGACUUUGCUCACACAACUUACAAAGACUCGGGAUAUGAGGGACCAGAUCAUGGUUAUAUUUUGGGUCUAGAAAACUUAAUUAAAAUUUUCCAGAGUAUAUCCAUGGGAGAAUGACAGUUACGGAAUUAAAGACUUGUGAUUUGAAAUAGCAGAACCAGCACAUUGGGCUAUAACAGUAGGAAGCCGUCCAGCUACUACAGCAGUAAAAAGGGCAGUUUGUUAAGGAAAGCUCAAAUGAAACUAUAUGCCACUAUGGAUUGAGCAGAAGUCCUCAUAAUUGUGAACCAUUGGACGAUUUUAUUUUCUAAUUUUACUGUUGCCUAUUCAUAUCAUUUGUGAAAAAGAAUACUUGAAAAUAACGUAAAGAAUUAAGGACUUUUUUUAAUGAAGAGCCAUUCAGAUUUGCAGGGCGAGCAAGGACCAAGCAAUUAUGAAACUCAUGAAAAGAGCUAUGAAGAUAGGCUGGCAGGUCCUUAAAACAAUUCAUCUUAAUUCAUCCAAUUUGAUGAGUUAAGGACAAUCGGUUUUGAACAAACUUAGCUACUAAACAGCAGUACUUUAAAAACUUUAACUCCUUAUUCCUUUGUAUUCCAUGCUAGUGUCUAUGCCAGUGAUAGCGAACCUUUUUGGCACCAAGUGCUGAAAAGGUUGCACAAAAAUGUCAGCGUGCGCACACUCAUCAGGGCCGUUUUCGGCACUGCCACGCACGAGAAGGGAUCGCGCUCUGGAAAAGCCGAACUUCCGGGUUCUGGCGUGCAUGCACUCCCAACAAUCAGCUGGCCAGAGUGCAUGUGUUCACCGGUUUUCGGCACCCAAAGGAUAGCUGAUCAUUGCGCAUGCAUGCGUGCCAGAAACCCAGAAAAUAAACAGGCAAGUCUGCGCAUGCCGGGCAACAUGGCUUUGCGUGCCACUUUGGGCACGCAUGCCAUAGGUUUGUCAUCAUGGGUCUAUGUCAAAGUAUUUUCCAAAGAAUAAGUACAAUCAGAGCCACAAUCAAAAGCAGAGGGUAUGAGAUAUUCUCAGAGAAAUAAUGUAAGAUAUUGAUGGAAGAAGAGACUUGUUACAGAGAGGGCACAAAAUCUGGAAAGAGCAGUUAUGGAAGGAUUCAUACCUUGAUACUUCAGGUCAGAGUUACACUGCAGAGGAGUUAAGACAAUCUUGAAACAUGGGUGUACCAAUACCAUUAUGGGCCCAAUAAUCCUCUAGACAUUUUAUAUUCAACUCUUUUUUUUUUUUUUAAUUUGAUUUAUAUGCCGCCCUUCUCCGAAGACUCAGGGCGGCUUACAAUGUGCUCAGCAAUAGCCUUCAUCCUUUUGUAUAUUUAUACAAAGUCAGUUUAUUGCCCCACAAACUGGGUCCUCAUUUCACCUACCUUAGAAAGGAUGGAAGGCUGAGUCAACCUUGAGCCUGGCGGGAUUCGAACCCUGCAGUAAUUGCAGGCAGCUGGUCUUAAUAACCAGCUUAAUAACAGGGUGCCUUAAACCCCUGUACUACCAAGGCUCUUUCUAUGCAUGUAUGUAUUUUUCUUGCAUGUGGGAUUACAACAAACUUCACAAAAUGUUUACAGGAAUAUGGAGUAUAUUACUGGUAAAUAAAGAACACUGCUCUCAUGUCAUAUGGAAAAUCCACUGAGUGUUGUAAAUACAAAAUAUAGAUUUAGAAAUAUGCAGGCAAGACGGAAUGUGAAACUGUAAAUAAAGUGUAUGGGCCUUACAACAUA